UUUUUUCUUUUUUCUUUUUAAAUUAUUCUCUCUCAUGUUCUCUUUGAAGGCAGGCACGGGUUUCAACGGCCACUCCACGACAAUUCCUCGCUGGAAAAGUCAUUGAAUCGGCUAAAGGAUUUCUUUUUCCUUUUUAAUUUUUUUAAAAAAAAAUCUAUUUGAAAAAUUUGUUUAUUUUUAGAUUGGAAUUUAUUAAUUUGUUGAGUUGAUGAGGAGGAAAUUGGAUCUCUUCGAUUGUAUAUUCUUGGAUUCUUUUUUUGCAUCUUCGGAAGUUAAUCGGAUCUCGAACAUUCUGCUGUGUUUUAUUUUCGGAAAAUAAGAAGAAAAGAAAGAGAAUUUUGUUUUUUUUUGAAAAUAUUUUUUUGGAGGUAGUUAAUUGGUUGUAAAUUUUUCUGAAAAUCGAGCUACAUUGAUCGUACUUGAAAGGAAGAAAACGGUGGCGUAUUUCUGUGGGGGGUGGGGGAUGUGGGAUGGCGGAGAUUGAAGCUGGAAAUAUGCAGUGUUGAAGGGAAAGGGAGAAAAGGAGGGAUAAGAAUGGGGGUAAUGAAAGGUGGAGGAGGGGAAAGAGUUGAAAAGUUGAAGUACUCCAGAAUGAAGCUGUGGAUGAUACGCGCCACCACCUCGGUGUUGCUUUGGACUUGCGUUGUACAAUUAAUGGCGGUAGGUGAGACGUGGGGACCACGCGUCCUUAAAGGCUGGCCUUCCUGUUUCACUCACCAGGAUUCUUCCUUCUCCGUCAUUGAAGACAAAGUCCUCUCCGUUCCCGCUCGUGUUCUUCCUCCCAAAAGGGUAUAUAAGAACAAUGGUUACUUGAUGGUUUCAUGUAAUGGAGGUCUCAAUCAAAUGCGAGCAGCAAUUUGUGAUAUGGUUACCAUUGCAAGAUAUUUGAAUGUCACACUUAUAGUUCCAGAACUGGAUAAAACGUCCUUCUGGGCCGAUCCCAGUGAAUUUCAAGAUAUAUUUGAUGUGGAUCAUUUCAUUACAUCACUGAGAGAUGAGGUUCGUAUAUUGAAGGAGUUGCCUCCUAGGCUUAAGAGGAGAGUUGAAACGGGAACGGUGUAUUCCAUGCCUCCAAUUAGCUGGUCUGAUAUAUCGUACUACCGUAACCAGAUUCUUCCUCUGAUACGGAAAUAUAAAGUUUUACAUUUGAAUAGAACUGAUACUCGACUUGCCAACAAUGGGCAGCCUUUAGAUAUUCAGAAGCUGCGAUGUCGUGUAAAUUUUAGUGCUUUGAGAUUCACUUCUCAGAUAGAGGACUUAGGUAAACGAGUUAUUAAGCUUCUGAGGCAAAAUGGCCCUUUUAUUGUCCUUCAUCUUAGAUACGAAAUGGACAUGUUAGCAUUUUCGGGCUGUACCCAAGGUUGCAACAAUGAGGAGGUGGAGGAGUUGACAAGAAUGAGAUAUGCUUAUCCCUGGUGGAAAGAAAAAAUAAUAAAUUCAGACUUGAAAAGGAAAGAUGGUUUGUGCCCUUUGACGCCUGAGGAAACUGUGCUUAUAUUGAGGGCGCUGGACAUUGAAAAUAGUUAUCAAAUCUAUAUUGCAGCGGGUGAAAUAUAUGGUGGAAAUCGGAGAAUGGCAAGUCUUGCCUCAGCUUAUCCAAAAUUGGUUAGAAAGGAGACUUUAUUGGAGCCAUCAGACCUUGGGUUUUUUCAAAAUCAUUCAUCCCAGAUGGCAGCAUUAGAUUAUCUUGUUUCGUUGGAGAGUGAUAUUUUUAUUCCUACGUAUGACGGAAACAUGGCUAAGGUUGUUGAAGGCCAUCGCAGAUUUCUGGGGUACAAGCAGACAAUAUUAUUGGACCGAAGGCUUUUGGUUGAUCUGAUAGACCAGUACAAUAGUGGAUCCCUAAGUUGGAAUGAGUUCUCAAAUGCCGUGAAAGAAUCUCACAAAUAUCGCAAGGGGCAACCAACACAAAGAUCGGUGAUCCCCGACAGGCCUAAAGAAGAGGAUUACUUCUAUGCCAACCCAGAAGAAUGCUUGAAACCAUCAUCAUAUGGUCAAGUGAGUAGCAUGUGAUCUUUCUAUCUGGGGAUUGUGACGAUUAUUGGUGUUUUUCCUUUUUCUAGCGUGCUAGGCAUCAUACCUGAAACCUUAAGGUAGUUUCUCUGCACAAGUAUGACUACAAUGAAGGUUUUUCUUCCAAAGAUACAAAUCUGGAGAUGAUUAGGGUAGAACUUGAAGAAAGCCUGAGAGGAUCUGGUGAAGCUGCUAGAGGACGCAAUUUUUAAUAUAUGCAAAUAACAAGAAGCAUGUAUAGGAGAGCUGCCCUGUCAUUAUAGGGCAAUAUCAGAUCAAAAUGUGUUGUACACGAGGGAUGCAAGUAUAAAUUUCGAGACUCGAUUGGAAGGUUAAUCCCUUACCUUUUCGUCUUUCAUUUUUUGUCAUUUCUUUUUAGAUUGCUUUACAAUCUAGUUAGUAUUCUAGCACAUAUACAUUCUAGAAUUCGUCAUGCACACCCUACAUGGACACCGUUGUAUUUCUUUUCUAGUAUGGCCACAUCAAUGCAGGGAAUGGUUGAAAGCAUCGAAUAUAAACUUGAAUACACUUUUAUCGUGUAAAUUAAAAUGAUUGGCACUUGAAGUUUUGGGUCAAGUAACCUGGUUUUGCCUUUCAUCUGGGAAAAAGUAUGGACCCCUUUCUCAUCAAUGAGGCUAUUUGUCAAUUUAGCUUUGCCCCAUUAUUGAGGUUGCUGGACUUUGCUUUUUUUUUUUGUGUGUGUGUGUGUGUGGGUGUUCCUUAGUUAAAUCUCAUGUUAGAAAGUGAAAGUCUAGCCAAUCAAAAGAUAGUUAAACAUGUCCCUUUUGCAUUAUUGGGGGAGUUUUGGUACUUUUGAUUUACUAUGUUCCAUUUGUGUCAAUGAUCAGUGGUCCAUUCCGUGUAAGUUCUGCAAUUUGUGUAUUUGUAUCGUGUAUUAUUUGAUGAAUGGAAAACAUGGCAGAAAUUAUUGUGUUAAAAUGGGAAAAACGAGAAUGAGAGUUGUGUGUUAA